AUGCUGAGCCACUGGUGGGGAGGACGCUUCAUGGACUUCAUGCAAGCCGUGGACAAGAUGACCAUGGACCGAGCGCUGAGCAUCUACACUCCCAUUUGGGUCUGUACCUUUGCGAACUGCCAGUUCGGGGAGAACUUUGGCUCCAAGCUGAUGGACUGCCCCUUCAUCCGGACCCUGAAGACAGUGGACCUGACAGUCUUGAUUGUGGACUACCAGGCUGGAUCGCUCACACGCACGUGGUGUGGACUGGAGGUGCACUACACCACCAACAACGACAUCGACUUCAUCCUCUACACUUCAGCAGGGCAAGUGGGCUCUUCAUACGUUUCUGGAGGACCCUUGGUCGAGGCUGUGAAAAGUUGGGACAUCCGCUUCAGUGAAGCCUCCGAUCCCCCAUACCGUCGGCAGAUCCUAAACUAUGUGGCCAAAGUGAACGAGCUUGAGGGCUUGAAGAAGGAUAGAGAGGGUCAGAUGGUUUUGGACAGCAUGGGCCGACCCGCUCUGGAUGGGGACGCAACAGAUCCCACUUGGCAGUGCCGCUAUAACGGUGAGAAGGAGUACGCGCAUGAAGCGAACCUUUUCCGAAAGCAUGCGAAGCGCUUUGAGAAUUUGAAUAUGAUGGUGCGGCUGCGGGUCAUGGCAAAUCUGGGCCUUCCCAAGAAGCCCAAGGGCUGCGAGGUGCCCGAGUCAGCCUUGCGCGGUGUGACUUUGAAUCAGCUCCGUGUGGUUACAGCGAAGCUCGAGGCCAGCUGCCCAUGGUCAGAGGAGAACGAAGACUGCUGCGGGUUCUACGAUCGCUUGGAUUUGGAGACCGAGGGGCCACUGGAAUUUGAGCACUUGCGGAUUGAGCACGUGGCGGAGUGGGUAAGGGAAGCUACAGAGGAUAGAGGGUGCUCCUACAUGGAGCUCGUGUCCGAUGGGCCUCAGAAGCCGCAGUACGCAGUCACCUUCUCACAAAGCCAUCUCUGGCACGAGCGCAUGUCAGCUAUCGAGAUGUUUGCAGAGGCACAGCACCUGCCAGACUCAACGAUUUUCUUCGUGGAGAUCCUCGGGAUGAAUGGGCAUGAUGAUGACGAAGACCUUGAGAUCUGCUGGAAGUCAGUGAAGACGGAAGUGGAAGGCAUCAUCUGUCAUCUUUCCAAGAGUCAAGCGCUGCAAGAGGACGAGACAAGCUUGAGCCUGGGCCCACUUAUCUCCGAGGUGGGCACAGACAAGGGCAUCUUCUUUGCCAGCAGCGACGGCGUGCUGGCCUGCAGCCAGGCGUUCCGCAGUGGAAACUGGGUUCAUGGCGACUUCGAUGUACAAGUCAUCUAUAAACUUCUGAAAAACUUGCUGUCUAUGGCCGACGUGGACGAGGAGGAGGGCGGGGAGACUGUGGAAUGGACGGAUGAGGGCUUCCGAGGCAUGCUCCGCCUUCACCAAUGGCUUGCAGGCCCAGUUCUACGCAGAGCAGCCAGGAACAACGAUGUGCAGGCCAUCAAGGAUAUUUGCAGCCUGCCUGGCCUGCGGCUGUCCAGCGACAUCAUGAAGGAUAACCUUGGCAGGAUGCCAUUGCAUAUUGCUGUUGCCUGCCGCUCCUGGUCCGCGAUGACAGCUCUGUUAGAAGCGAAGAUGGAUCCUAAUGUCGAGGACGACAUGAAGGAUCGCCCUUUGCAUUACGCGGGAUUGGCUGGCCACCUCGAGGCUGCCAAGGAGCUGGUGGCUGCAGGAUCAGAUCCCUGGGCAGAGAAUUGCUUCACAGAGACGGCCAUGCAGGUGGCGAUACAAAGCCCGGCAGCCUUCCUCGGAGUAAAGACUUCAGAGGUCUGUGACUUCCUCAAGGACGUUCUUUCGACAACACUUUGGGAUGAAGCAAUUGCAAUCUCGCAAGACAUGUUGAAGCAUCUCAAGUCCAACCUUUCCAAGGAAUGA